AUGCAGAGGCAGAUUUUGGGGCCGAGACAGAUGCCAGCAUCGGGGGCGAGUCAGGGCCCGGGGCAUGUAGAGAGGCAGAUGCCGUUACCUGGUGAGAGCCAGAUGCCGCUUUCCGGUGAGAGUCAGAUGCCGCUUUCCGGUGAGAGUCAGAUGCCGCUUUCCGGUGAGAGUCAGAUGCCAGAUGUGGGGGGGAGCCAGACUACCCAUGAGGAGGACGUUGCGAUGUUGGGUACCGAUCAGUUGGCCCUCGGUAGCCCCCAGGGUAUGGAUUCAGAUGAUGAUCAGCAUCCUCCACCAGCCGGAGAGGUUGGCGAGGAGGUUGCAGGCGACCCAGCGACGCAGCACAUAGGGACUGGGCAGAUUCGGUUGAUGGGGUACAACCCAGACGGGACCAUUUAUUAUGAGGUGAUUGACGACCCAGCGAGAAACUGGGUGCUCCCGAGGGGGAAGAAGGUUGUAUUGCAGUACAAUGCUGCUAUACAACCUGUAGGACGAGCCUGCAAUCGUUUUCGGCGGGAAGUGGGCAAGAUGAUCAGGAGUGGGUCCUACAUACACAUGCGGGACGAAUGGGCGAGGGUAAAUAGGCAGAUUAAGCAGGCAAUGUGGAACGCACUGAUGGAGGAGUUCUAUCUACCUGUAUCAGUUGACAUGCGCAGGGCACAACAGGAGGCGUGGAAUGAUAUUGGACGUAAGCACCGCUCGUGGAAGUCGAGGUUCAAAACCCAACUACGAAUUGGAGACGGUGACACGCCCGAGAGUAUCCGUGCGAGAAUGCCGGAGAAAUUUUUUGAGCAGUAUGAUGCAGAAGAUGUAGAAUUCCUGCUGAGAGAUUGGUGCAGAGAGCAUAAAAUCGCAACCUCUGAACGGAUGAAGAGGUUGCGGGAGCGGAAUGACCUACCCCAUUGUGCGGGAUCUAAAAGUUAUGCCAGAUUUAAUCACGAGGAGACAUGUACAUCUGGCACGCCCCCCACUCGCGCCGCGUCGUUCGUGAAGACCCACACAAGGAAGGACGGCACUUUCGUGAACGACCGUACACGGGUCUUAUGCGAGAGGAUGACGCAGAGUUUAGCCAGUGAUCCAGCCGCCACGCAAAGCGUCUCCGCAGACACGGUGCGUUGGGCACCGAACGACGCUUACGAACAGGCGAUUGGGAGGCCUGAGUAUCCAGGGAGGGUUCGGCAGGUUGGGCCGAACGUCACACCUGUUCGAGGGACAUGUUUUUCAUAUAGGCCUCGGUCACAGGGGGGACCAUCUCAGGGGACGUCUCGGGAUUGGGCCGAACAGUCUCGGAAGAUGGAAGAGAUGCAAGCGGAGCUACAUGCUGAGCGAGCGAGGAAUGACCGGUUGGAGCAGCGCGUGCAACAGUUCGACGGCAUAGAGCAGCGCUUGCGAGAGAUGGAGGUCUUCAUGUCCUCCAUGGCAGUACCAGCACCAUGUGUUGGUAAUCAGUCUUCUCCUGCACACGUAGGUAGUACGUCGUUCGUUGGUAGUGCAUCUGCAGUGUAUUUUGUGAAAUGUGAAAAGCGAGUGAAUUCUCGGUAUCAUCUAAACAUUUCUGCUUGCUUUGAGGGUGGAGUGUAUUCUUCCAAGAGGUAUACAUAUGCUCUAUUCGAGUAUAAUAGUGCACAAGAUUAUCGUUAUGCAGAACUGGAGUUGGGGGAAUUGUGCCAAGUAGAGCAAAUAUCUCUCAUCCCCUGGCCAAAUCGUUAUUAUUAUGAUGAUGACUUAAGAAAUAUUUCCUGUACAAACUUCCACAAUGAAUUGCUACGGGGUUUUGAGCUUUACUGGUACCGAUCUGGUAAACCAGGAAUCUUUGACUAUGUUAGCAUGAUAUACACAAGUAAGUUCUCUAUCAUGAGAAUUCGAUCAAUACGAUCCAAUUCUAAGACACCUCAAGUCUAA